CGUCCGGCAGCCACCGUACGGCAGGACAAAAAGCAGGAUUCUAAGGACCGACUUCUUCCCGACGAGGAUGGGCUGCACCACGGGGCCCCUGGCUUGCCAGCCGCAAGAGGGGCAAUCCCUGGAAGCUGGCGGCGCCAAAGUCCCCGAGGUGCUAUCCUCCCUGGAGCGUCUCUCGCAGGCCACCGGCGGCAUGGAGAAGUCCUGGUACCGCUGCAUCUUCCCCUUCGGCAUCAUCUCCCUGGUCAUCGGCGUGGCGGGGACCGGGGUGACCUACACCUACAACGACCUGCCGCAGACCAAGGUGGUGUCGGUGGCGCUGCUCGUCACCGGGCUGCUGCUGCUGGCCAUGGCCACCGCCUGUUGGAGCGUGCACAAGAAGAAGCGGCGGAAAAAGAAGGAGGCUGGCGGCGGCGGCGGCGGGUCCUUCACCUCGGAGCAGUGUCCCCUGUGAUGCACAACUUGAAGGCAAAAGGUCGGGAGUUUUGACUUCCUCCUUCACGUGUGGUGUGGUAUCGCCUCGACUCGCCCGGCCGGGGUAGUUCACUCGGCUGCUGUUUAGUCUGGGGAACAUUUUGGACUCUGCCCCCCACGUCAGGUUUCCGGUGUCAAAACAACCUCCAAGGAGACACUCUAAUAUGCACUGCACACUGCACGCAUAAAUCACACACUCUUACACACACUCACACACACACCCUCCCUACGCUAUGCAGAAGAAGCCACGUCCGUCGGCGCCGCCGUCGGGCGUCACCGGACGCGUCACCCGCUGCAUUCCUCCCGCCGGGACAGGUGACUCUCGGAAGACCGCAACCCGACACUCGGCGGACCCACGUCAGCGGACGGCGUCACCGCCUCGUCCUGUGACACCACAGCAAUGUGUCCGGGGCAGGG